AUGCCACAUGCCCUCACGGGUGGGGCCGGUUACAAGGCCAAUCCUACGUACGACGAGUUCCUGCGCAAGCACAGCGGGUUUUACCGACGUCACAGUGCUGCCUCCAACGCCCUAGAGACUGACCGACGAGCCUCGCAAGCAGCACUUGACGACCACGCCGCGGCCGCCGCCAAGGCAGUCCAGAACGUCGCCGCCGAUGGCGCACAACGCCGGGCAAGCGUCACGGUCGCAGAAGGAGGGGCCGCAACAGCGAACUCCAGAAAGGGGAGCGUAGCUGUCGCCAGCGACGUCACCCGAAAAGACAGUAUCUUCGGACUGGAGGCCACAGGUGGGCGGAGAAUGUCGGAGCAACGCAGGCCAAGUACUUCUCUUGCUAGUGAUUUGUACCACAAGAUCAAGGGAGAUCACAAGUGA